GGCCGCUGGCAUCCGACCGCGCGAGGGAGCUGGGAGCCCGCCACGCAUUCCUCGGCAUUGAUUCGGCGACAAACCAAGCCCCGUGACCACGCAUGGGCUGCCUCGCCUAGCGUAGACACCGGCACAGGGGCAGCCAUGCCGCGCACCAAGCGGCCGGACGUCUUCCAGCUUGCUGUGGCCACGCGCUCCUACUCGAGCGUCGACGGCUACCGCAAGGAAAUCGACGUGUUGAAGAGCGAGCUCGCACAAACACGCCAGCGCCUCGACGACCAGGCUCGAGACUUCGCGCGCGAACGCGAGGAUCUCCAGCGCCAGCUGCGCAUGAAGCGGGGCGCCGCGUCGCCGGAACGCGGUGGGAAGAAGGACGACGUGGCCGUCAAAGCGGCGUCGCCGGAACGCGUCGUGAAGUCGAAUGAUAACGAAGCGCAACGCUGGGAGGCGCGCUGCGCGGCGCUCGCGGCUCAACGCGCUUUAUACGACGCGGCGCGCUCUCUGGAUGAGCGGAGCGCGCGCGAAUACGCGUCAAAGGUCGCGUCUGAACUCACGAAGAACCACGAGAAGCUGCAGCGGAUGCAACUAGAGCGCCUCGGUGCGCUCGACGGCCGCGUCGGCGCCGCCGCCGCCCGCGUUCGGGACACAAACGAGCACGUCGCGGCGGCGCGUCGUCGCGCCGCCGACCUCGCGCGGGAGCUGGCGGCGCGCGGCGACGCGCAGCGCAUUGAUGAGCUCGAGCGCGAGCUGGCCGCCUACCGGCAAGCGCAGAAAGAGCGCUUCGCCUACGAGAACGCCCUGGAAGAUAUGAGAGACGACGCCGCGAGCGCGGCCUUUUGCGCCGCCGCCGACGACGCGCUGCGCCAGGCGCGGCUCCACCAGGCCGCGGCGAAUGAAAGGGAUGCGCUGAAGCUGGCGAACGCGCGGCUCGCGUCGAUCGAAUCGGAGCGGGACGCCGCCGAGGAUGCGGUAAGACGCGAGCGGGGCGCCGUGGCUGAGUUGAGAGCGCAGCUCGCGGAGCUGCGGCGGCCGGGCGUGAGCCGCGGUUGUCAAGUGGAUGAGGAGGUCGUCGGUGAACCUGUUGUAAAUGCCGCCGUCGGCGCCGCGGCCGUGAAGUGUCGCGAGGCCGUCGAGGAGGAGCUGCGCGCGGCCGCGGCGUUCGCGCACCUGCACGACCUCCUUAAGGUCGCCGCGCUCGACGCCGCGGCGGCGGUCAAAGAGACGCUGGAGAGCAAGCUGGAGGCUUCCAUUGAACGGGAGAAGCGGCUGCGCCUCGCGCUGGCCGCCGCGGGGGGGUUUGAGGCUGACGAGGCCGGGCCGGCCGACGCGGCGCGCGGCGACGCGGCGGCGGCGGCGGCCGCGCGCCUGCGGGACCUGCUGCCGGCCGCGAAGGUGGCCGUCGACGGCGCGCGCGCGGCGCGGGCGGCCGCGCUCGACGACCUCUGCGCCGCCGCCGGCGCGCCGCCGCCGCCGCCGUCGGAGGAGAGGUCCACGCGCGAGCUGCUCGCGGCGGACUUCGGGCGACGAUGA